AUGAUCUGGGGUGCUGUCGGCAUGGUCGUGUGCCAGUUCAUCGUCGCAAUCGCUGGAACUUCCGACGGCCACAACCCGCAGACUGUCAAGGCUGAGAUUGCAUUUAUCUGCAUUUACAUCUUCUUUUUCGCAGCCACCUGGGGACCCGGAGCCUGGGUGGUGAUUGGAGAAGUGUUUCCUCUCCCUAUCCGGUCUCGUGGAGUCGGGCUGUCCACCGCUUCGAAUUGGCUCUGGAACUGUAUCAUCGCCAUCAUCACACCGUACAUGGUGAGUUCCGACGAAGGUAACCUGGGUCCCAAGGUGUUCUUUAUCUGGGGUGCUCUAUGCGCGUGUUGCCUUGUCUAUGCCUAUUUCCUCAUUCCUGAAACCAAAGGCCUUACCCUAGAACAAGUCGACCGGAUGUUGGAAGUGACAACUCCGCGGACAUCGUCGCGAUGGACGCCGCGGACGACAUAUGCGGCCGAGAUGGGAGUUACUGGGGAUGGUGAACUCAAGUCAGAGGUUGUUGAAGGUAUCCAGUGCAAAGGCUCUGCUGUGUAA